AGAAUUAUGAAAAUGCUGGGAUCAGAACGAGGUGUCGUGGAAGAAUGGCUGUCAGAAUUCAAGGCAUUACCUGAAACACAAAUUUCCAGCUAUGCAGCUACAUUGCACAGAAAAAAACCACUGGUACCGGCUCUUUAUAAGGUCAUUCAAGACCCAAAUAAUGAGCUCCUGGAGCCUGUUUGCCACCAGCUCUUUGAACUUUAUCGUAGUUCUGAAGUUCGUCUCAAGAGAUUCACACUGCAAUUUUUGCCAGAGUUGAUUUGGGUAUAUUUGCGUCUGACUGCCAGCAGGGACAGGCAGAGUAAUGGUUGCAUUGAAGCACUGCUGCUGGGCAUUUACAACUUGGAAAUUGCUGACAAAGACGGAAACAACAAAGUUUUAUCUUUCACCAUCCCUUCAUUAUCUAAACCCUCAAUAUAUCAUGAGCCCUCUAGUAUUGGAUCCAUGGCUUUAACUGAAGGAGCUCUAUGUCAGCAUGAUCUCAUCAGGGUCGUUUACAGUGAUCUUCAUCCUCAAAGAGAAACCUUCACAGCGCAGAACCGGUUUGAGGUGCUGAGCUUUCUUAUGUUGUGCUAUAAUUCUGCUAUUGUCUAUAUGCCUGCCUCUUCUUACCAAGCACUUUGUAGGAUGGGCUCCAGGCUGUGUGUGAGUGGAUUCCCACGGCAGCACGAGAAACACUGGAAAGAACACUGUGGUAGAGUGGUGUUAGACCCUGACUUCAUGGUGCAGCUGCUCACAGGUGUCUAUUACGCCAUAUAUAAUGGUCAGUGGGAUCUCGGCCAGGAGGUAUUAGAGGACAUAAUUUACAGAGCACAGCUUGAACUCUACUCACAGCCUUUGCUGGUAAGAAACAAUCCAUUGCAAUUUGUGGACUUGGUUAAAAGAAGUAUGGGUAUAUUUCUGAAAUGGACUG